GUCGGUUUUUGCAAAAAGAGCAAGUCGAAUGUGUCAGAGUCAGCGGCGGCUCCUUUACUGACAGUCAGUCAGUGUCUAUUGCUGCAGGAACCAGGACCCUCAGCUGGAGGGCCAUUCAUGCCUGAUCUUUUGGUCUUUUCUACAAUGGACCUCCGUUUGCCAGCGCCCUGCAUUCUGCAAUUGUGGACUGGAACCCUCCUCUGUGUCCUCGUUCUCUCCGCACAUGUAAACCCACAGCAUUCGAAUGCAAGCUGUACCCAACAUUAUGACAAAAAAAAUCAUUGCUGCAAUGAAUGUCAAGCAGGCUUCUACGUCACCAUUCCAUGUACAAAAGAGAAACCUGUGACCUGUCAGCCGUGCGGGGAAGGCGAAUACCUGGACCACAGUAAUUCUCAGACAGAAUGUUUAAAACAGAUCGAGUGUGAUAACAUGAAAGGAUUUGAAAUUCUGCAUGAAGGAGAUUCGAUGACUGCCACACAGUGUACCUGUAAAGCCAAUUUCCACUGCUCCCAGGAUUGUGAAUACUGCCUCAGAGACAAUUCGUGUUUCCCUGGAUUUGAAGUGGAGGUGAAAGCAAACCGGAUAUCUGAUACUAAAUGUAGGCCGUGCCCUCCAAUGCACUUUUCCAAUGAGAUCUCACUUACCCUGCGGUGUAAACCAAGGACCAAUUGCACAGCCCUGGGGAUGGUGGAAAAGGCUCCUGGUAAUGCCACUUCUGAUGCAAUGUGCAUUCGUGCUUCAACACCACCCAGUCCAGGUUACUCAAUACUGGCAAUCACUGUGGGCCUUGCAUUUGGAUGUGGAAUAAUUAUAUUGUUUAUCUACACCUUAAGAUCCCAGAGAAAGUAUCUGACAACACUUACAGAUUGUGUUCAACAGAGAUUUGUUGAUGCCUGGUGCAGCAUUAGAGGAAAACAGAGAAAUGAGAGACAUCCACCUGCCGAUCAAGCAAAUAGUAGGUUGCCAAUUGAUAAUCACCACUGGAAUCCAGAGAGUGAGCUGUUUGUAUUACCCAAGACUCCAAUGAAGGCAACUGAUCAUCUCAGUGGCUCUGUAUUUUAUGCAUUUUCAGAGCAUCCAGUUUGUAACACUGCGUUGAAGUCUUGUUACGAAGUUGAGUCCCUGUGCAAUGCCACUCAUUUUUCAAGGAUCCCAAGGGAGAAUCCCGAUGGCAAAUGCUACGCUGGAAACCAAGGGGAAGGCUGCAGUGCUGCACAUUUGGAAGACCCAAGCACAGGAUCAGUUAAGCCCCUAUUGCCCUCUGGGCAUACAGUAGAAGAACCAACUCACCUUAAUUUAUCCACACAAGAAAGCAGACACAGUGUCAGCGCUGUCCCCUGCAGAGACUGCCAGGCAGAAUCAUCUGAUAACCCUUGGACCUUGGGUAGCUCAACUCCAUUGCAUUCCAGAGAAUCGACCAAAGGGCAUACUAUGAAGUGUGAUUGUCAGACGAGUCGUCAAAGUAACUCUUGCAGAUACAGUCAGAGCUCUGACAAUACCAAUGGAGACAGUUCUAACAACACAGACCCUGACCACCCAAAUCUAAGUGAUGAAAACAGUCAGAAGUCAGCCAAUUCAACUCCAUCUGGAUUUUGUUGCGGAGGUAAUGCGACAUACAAUACAAGCGGUCAGUCCAUGCUGAGUGUCGGUGGAUCGGUUGUCUUCAAUGUAAUUGUCAAAGUGAACCACAUGGCAGAGCAGAACAGCAAAGGAGACAUGAAUACAGGAGCUGAUUUUCCUGCGAGGCAAGAAACCCACAAGGAUAAUGGCACUUUCCCUACAACAGAGGCAACGCCAGGCAACAGCUGUGAGCUUGGAGCAAAUGCAGGCUUGCCUGUGCAGGAAGAAAACUUUGAGGAAAGUGUGUGUGUCCCUAUCCAAGAGGAACAGAACAGUAAGCAUGGCCAUGAGGUUCACAUUCCAGUGCAAGAAGAAAACAGCAGGGAAAACUUGGAAGGAAGUCUGGACUUGGCCAGUGGAACAGUCAGACAGGAAAAUUGGGUGCAUCCCAAAGAAAGUACAUUCAUUCCUGAGCAGUAAGAUGGAAAAUCUGAGCAUUUACACCACAAGGAAUAGAAUUGGUGAUUAAAACAGUUGGGAUCGAUAUGAGUUUUUUUUUUGCACUUCUGGACUCUAUCUUUUGCAAGUUACGUUAGACACAUCUGAAGAUUGUACACUAACACGCUGGGAGAGCUGCUAUUUAUCUAUUUCUUCUAGAGACAGGUAAUUGAAUUGUUAGGUUUUGGUAUGUUCACCAAGAUAUUUUACUUUUUUUUGUAGCCUAUUGGAAUUAUUUCUUAGUCUCAGAGAAGUAAAAAAAAUGGAUGGGGGCAUAGAACACAGUACAGGCCAUUUGGCCCUCAAUGUUGUACCGACCUGUGGAACCAAUU